UCUUGCAGUCAGUUCUCAGGAACCUACGAAGAAAGAAUCUAAAAAUGGAACUCUUGGUUAAAAAAACACCAGGUGCGAUGGCGAGGUGUUUCACCGGUGUCUGAGUCACAGCGAAAAAAGAGCCAGAGCAGCAGUGUGGAAGCGGAGAGCGAUGGAGGGCGAGAAGAAGGACGCAGUGUGGGCGGGAUAAGAAGGAGAGAGGGAGGGGGCGCCAGCGUAGCAUCUCUCCUCCGUACUACCGAGAAAACAAGGGCAUCUCUCCCAGCAUCCGCCUCAUCGAGCAGAUCCCUCACGUCUCCGCACCGCUGCUCUUCCAGCGUGUCGUUUUCAGCGGAGGUUUGGUGUCGUGCUUGCCGGGCUCGGAGGCGCGGGAGGCGGAUGCGGCGAGCGUAGAGGCUGGGCAUCAACCAGGAGCACCGCCGCACUCUCCACGAUGGACAGAAUGAAUUUUCUCUCCUUCCUCUUCCUUUGCUUGACUUCGGUUGCCAGUGGCAACAAAGCCAAUAAGCACAAGCCAUGGAUCGAGACGGAGUACCAGGGGAUCGUCAUGGAGAACGACAACACGGUGCUGCUCAACCCUCCGCUCUUCGCGCUGGACAAAGACGCGCCGCUCCACUACGCUGGCGAGAUUUGCGGGUUCAGGGUUCACAAUGGCCCGUCUGGAGCCGGUACGGUUCAGUUUGAGGCGGUGGUCCUGGACCGCUCCACUGGUGAGGGACUGGUCCGCUCCAAGGAGCCGCUGGACUGCGAGAGCCAGCGCGAGCACAGCUUCACCAUCCAGGCCUACGACUGCGGCGAGGGUCCCGACGGGGUCAACAGCAAGAAGUCCCACAAGGCCACGGUCCACGUGCGCGUCAACGACGUCAACGAGUUCUCGCCUGUGUUCGUGGAGCGCCGCUACGAGGCCUCGGUCCCGGAAGGUCGUCUGUUCGAUCGGGUCGUGCGCGUGGAAGCUCUGGACGCUGACUGCUCCCCUCAGUACAGCCAGAUCUGCUUCUAUGACAUCAUCACCCCCAACGUGCCCUUCGCCAUCGACAAUGACGGUAACAUCAAGAACACUGAGCCGUUGGACUCCAAGCGUCAGCGGGUCCACACCUUCUGGGUCACAGCCUUCGACUGCGGGAAGAACCGAGCCCAAGCGGACGCUCAGGUGGUGGUGACAGUCAAGCCGUCCUGCAAACCCGGCUGGACAGGGUGGACCAAGCGGGUGGAGUACACGCCCGGGUCCGGCAGCAUCCCGCUCUUCCCCAGUCUGCGGCUGGAGACGUGCGAGGAGACGGUGUGGAACAUCCAGGCCACGGUGGAGCUCCAGACCGGUCACAUCGGCAAAGGCUGCGACCGAGACAGCUACUCCGAUCGCUCCGUGCGCCGCCUCUGCGGUGCCGUCCGAGGUGAAGUGGACCUUCUUCCUCCGCCAUCACCUGCGGCCAACUGGACCGCGGCGCUUCCCACGCUGCCGUCCUCUGACUCCUCGCUGGUCUUCUCCUUUAAUGGGUCCAACCAUGUGGCUGUGGUGCCAGACUCGGUGGUCUCGGUGCUGUCCGGCGACCACUUCACUCUGCAGCUGUGGAUGCGUAGAGGCGGCGCCAACAUUCAGACUGCCACGACCUCCAGCCGAGGAAACCGCCGAGAGGAAGAGACCAUCGUCUGCAGCACGGUCCGCAACGAGGACUCCCUCUCCCACUACUCUCUGUCCGUCCACGGCUGCCGGCUCUCCCUCUUCUACUGGCCCGACGUCUCCACCGCUCGGCCCGUCAAGUUCCUGUGGAAGCUGGAGCAGGUCUGCGACAGCGAGUGGCAUCACCUCUCCCUCAGUGUCCAGUUCCCCUCGGUGACCCUCUACGUCGACGGCGUCACCUUUGACCCUGCGCUCAUCCACGACAACGGUGCCAUCCCGAACCCAGCCCCCCACCAGAGGAUGCUCAUCGGCGCCUGCUGGGCAGAGACAGACGAGAAACAGAAGGACGUCCUCAACAACACCAUCCCAGAGGGGAAAGGCGCAGCGAAGUACGUGGGCGGCUAUCAUGGACUGCUGUCAGGGGUCACGGUGCGUCCCGGCAGUGUGGAGCCUCACAGUGUGGUGGAGUGUCUGUAUGCCUGCAGGGAGGGGCUGGACUUCGGAGACCUGGAGACACUGGGCUCUGGCAUGAAGGUCCACGUCAACCCCAGCCAGUCUGUGCUGGUCCUGGAAGGGGACGACAUUGAGAGCUUCAACAGGGCGGUUCAGCAGGUCACCUACAGGAACUCACUUCGCUUUGCUACCCCGGGAGUGCGACCCCUCAAGCUCACCACCUCGCUCAGAUGUUUCAACGAGGAGAGCUGUCUGGCUCUGAAGCAGCUGGAGGGCUACCUGGUGGUCCUGCAGCCGGACGCCCCUCAGAUCUCCCUGUCUGGGGUCGGACCACACCUGGCCCGCCCCGCACCUGAGUUCGAAGGCCCUCGUGGUGUCCCUCUUUUCCCAGAGCUGCGCAUCGUCUGCUCGCUGACUCACGCCGUUAACACUGCGGCUCAGGGGAUGGAGGGUGGAGGUGAGUGGGAUCAGGACACCUGGAGGGGACUGAGGUGCUCACGCCACUCUGGAUGUUCCACAGCUCUCAUGUCGGACGCCGUGGCUCACACCUUGGAUGGCUGCGAGGUUCAGCCACUGGGAGAAGAGCUGAACCCAGAGCGCGAGGAGCUGCUGGUGGACAUGGACGUGGUGAGAGAGAGAGGCCUGGAGAUCAUCAACACCACCGCCUACAUCGCCAUCACAGGAGCGGAAUCCAUCUCCGUGUACGAGGACGUGCUCCGCUCGGUGCGCUACCGCCUGGCCCGGGGCUCGUCUCGCUUCGAGCGGCGGUUCCGCCUGUCCUGCUCCGAGAUGAACGGCAGAUACACCAGUAAUGAGCUGACUCUGGAGGUGAACUUCCUCCACUCGCUGGACUCGCUCUACCACCCGUCCCACCUGCUGGCGUCUCAGCAGCAGUUCCUUCAUCCGGCUCACCACGCUGGGGAGCUGAGUGGACACACUCUGCCCAGUCAGCACCGCAACUCAGUGGUGCCGGGUGCAGCCACGGUCAUCAUCAUGGUGUGUGUGGGCUUCCUGGUCGUCAUGGUGAUUCUGGGCGUUUUCCGGAUUCGCUCCAUUCACCGCCGUGGUGAAGCAUCCAGGGGCGGGGCCAAGGAGGGCACAGGCCAAUGGGACGACUCCGCUCUCACCAUCAUUGUCAACCCCAUGGAGUCCUACGAGUCUCGUAUGGGCAUCUCCGCCGACACGGAGGGCGAAGGCGAGGAAGAUGAGGAGGCGGCGGAGUCACCUGACGACGCAGGCGACGACCAGCGGAUCAUCUUCAAGAAGGAGGGGAGAGACGGCAAUGUCCGCCGCUACUGAGCUGCAUGUAUCUCCACACCAGUUUUGACGGAAACCACAAACCGGCUCACCAACACUUUUGUUACGCUGACACCACUAGUAUAAGGAAUGUAAACGCACAACCCAUCCACUGUUAUACUCGACGCCAUGUGUGACCUAUAGCCACAAAAACCUGGGCAGUUGUUCUCAACCUAAAUGUUCGAUGGCACAAUGUAAACAGUUAGUGUGACUGCCCACCGAAAUUACCUGUGGUGCACCGUUUUUAAGAAGAGUCUGGCGCCGGAAGAGUCGUCAGAAACCUUCACCGUGACUUGCUCCACAAAUCUGCACAACAACGUUCUGCCCAUUUCUGACAUCACAUGACAACAUCUGCCAGCAAAUAUUCUGUUGUGGUAUUGUGACUUACUUAGCUCUCAGUUAUACUUCACCUGUGGCUGUUCAUUCAACGACACUAUGGACAGCAGUUCUGCUGCAGAGCGGCUUUAAGGUGGGGGCAGAUCAGACCAGGAAGUAGCACAUCGAACCUUUUACAACACUGAAUAAUUGGGCUGAACAAUUACAAUUCCAAAGAUUUCUCUGGGUCUGGGCGUCAUUUUAAGCCUCACAGUUGCUUAAUAGUUAGCUCAAAUGAAUGGGUAAAUAUCCAACAAUAUCUAUUGGGAUCUCAAGAACUAGCAUUACAUGCACUAUUUAUUUCAGUCUUUGUCUAUUAUACAGUGAUGUGUUGUGUUUAUGCUUCUUUUUUGUCCCUUAACUCUGAAUUAUAUGGUUAAAGAAAAUGUUUUUUUUAAUGCCCAGAAAUAUUUUAGUUUUUAUUAUAUAGAUUUUCUUCACUUAUUUUUGUACUUUUUUCCCCAAAGUUACAAAGUCAGUCAACACGCCAGCUAUUAUAUAUCUUAUUUUUUAAGUCGCUCUUGAAAAAUAAAUAAUAAAGGUAGAAUUAAUUUAGUUCAUUACCUAGUGAAUGACCAAACGUGGUUGCAAUAUCGGUAGUUAUGGCUUUUGUUAAAAUAGUAAAUGAUAUUUGUUAGUUUACAGAAAGUCCCGUGAUUCUGUGUGGAACUUAUAAAUUCAUGUCCAAUUUGUUAUAUAUUUAGCCUUGUUCAUGGAAGCAAGAAUCAAGUAUCGCGUCGUCACUGUCGUGGUUUUGUACCACUGACCACGUGAAAGUGCCCCAUGGCCUUGACCCCUCCUCCCUUAGAGCCGACCUUGCAGAGACAGAAACCUCAACGUUGAGUCCAAAACUCUGCUGUUGCACGGCGCUCCCCCCCAACAUAUGUCAAUAAACUGGUGACUCCAGGAAUGUCCACACUGACUCACCUCACACAUGCGCACCCUGCUGUCUCCAGAAUGUCCGCUCAGCUUGGGCAGUUUUGAUUGUAUUGAUUGUAAUGAUCUUUCUGUACAUACAACAACAAAUGUUAUAUUCAUGUGAUUCACUUUUGCCCUGCGCACCGAGGGAGCAGAUUGUUUGGUUUCCCAUCAGAUACUAGUCGUAAUGACAUGACUACGGCUCGAGUGCCGCGUGUAAUAUCAUUGUAACUAAGACUCACAGAAGCAGGAAGGCACAUAGUUGUGAACUAUCCAUCACAUCUCACAAGGGUUUUGCACAUUUCCAAUCUUUUGUCCUGUUUUUUUCUGGUAUCUUUGCUUUGAAAUGAAUGUACAACUACGUGCUUCUUCUCACCCCCCAGCCCGUGCUCACCCUCUGCCUCACCCCUCCGCCCCCCCAGCUGUCUUCCCUCACCCCUCCCUCAGUGUCUCUUGCUGUCCGUCUGUGUAGCCUUCAGUGUGCAGUGCUAACCUGUCAGUAAUAAGCCUGUUGUUAAUGAGUGUGAUGUUCAGAGGGAAUAAACAUUAACGCUUAUAUCAUUAAAUUGUUACUAUUGGAGCGUUACCUGUAAUUACUGAUGCAACGAUGACAUGCUGAAUAAUUGUUAUUGAAAAAAAAUGACCCAAAAUGUAACGAAAUUCGUAAUAAAAACACUAUAAGACUUCAAAA